CAUUUUGUUUGCCGCCAGCAUAAAAUUUAGUCGCCAUUUGCAGGCGAUACACGAUGUGUUGUUUGAAGUGCUCUGUGGUAUUUUAACGUAGAAGUGUUAAUUUUUCAUUUUUGUUUGUCUGGAAUUAAUCUUUAAAUUAGCUUUUAAAGGGUUCGCGAUGGAACCGUCAUUGGAUGCGUCCUUAGUGGCGCAAUCCAUAAACUAUCAUGGUCAGCAGUUGCAAAAAACGUGGGAGAAUGAGCGAGGAGAAGAUGACCUCGCUAAGAUAGGUGUGGGGGCGUUAGAUUUCGCCGUGUAUCAAUCACGACACAAGCACCUUACUUUUCAAGAUCGAGGAAAGAGGCUAAAACUUCAUCAAUUCAUUGCCAAAGAAGCUAACGCUCUGUUCGAUGCUUCGUUACUGGAAGAGUCACCAUCAUCCUCAAGUUUAGGAGCCGAUUCUAUGACACCAGAAGACAAUUUGUUUGCAUUAAUGCCACCAUUUGAAACAUUCCUAAAUGUGGAUAAGUCUGCUAGAUUACGCCACUUCUUUGACAAUGUGAAAACAGGAGAGCUAAUCAUUGGAGCAGUCAUCAAUAGGACAGCAUCUGGUAUGAUGUUGAAAGUUCUCUGCACUGCAGGACCCACUUCAAGAUAUGUAGCUGAUAUCAAUGUUAAGGCAUUUCUGCCAGUUGCCAAUAUCAUACCAGCGGUGGACAAGAAAAAUGUAUCAAGAAACUACUUAAUGAAUGAUACUGUCUGCUGUGAAGUCAUUGAAGUUAUUCCUGACACGGACAAAAUGGUGUGCGGCAUGAAGGGUGUCACUCGUGGGCCAGAUGAUCCUACCCCCAAACCACCUCUAGGCCUCCUCAGCACAGACGACUUCCCUCUUAUAUACAAGAAAACAAUGGAAAUGAAGGGUGAAAGCUAUGAAGCAAUAUUAGAGAAGAGUCCAGGCUUCAAUAAUCCCAACUGUAUACAAUAUCUGUCAGAACUACUUGGAAUCUCCAACAUGCACUGCACAAACUUCAUGUCUUUGAGAGGUGGAUUUCCUACAACUGAAUAUGCAGAUGAAUUAAGGCAAGCUCAAGCAAGUAAAUGGGCAUUCAGAUCCGUUGCUGAAGGAAUAGAACACUUCAAGGCUGGAAGACAUUCAGAAGCAUUCCAAUGUCUCAAUAAGGCAUUAAGUAUUGAUCCCAGAAAUGUAGAAGGCCUUGUUGCAAGAGGUGCUCUGUAUGCCAACAGUGGAACAUUUAAGAAGGCUAUUGAAGACUUUGAAACAUCAUUGAAGUUGAACCCGAAUCAUGCCAAUGCCAGAAAAUACUUGGGAGAGACUUUGGUUGCUUUAGGACGAAGUUAUGAAGACGAAAAUAAAAUUGCAGAGGCACAGAAAGCUUAUGAAGACUGUCUAGCCAUCAUACCUUUUCAUGAGGAAGCUCAAAAUUCACUUGAUUUCCUAAAGAGUAAAACUUCUACUACAAAACCAUUGAUAGAGCCUGAGGAAUUGCUAUUGCCUGGUUUGACUGGUGCGAAAUCGUUUGAAAUGAAAGAAACAUUAAAACAAUUGCUGCAUUUAACUGAGAAGAAAGAAAAGAAGAAAAAGAAGAAGCGAGGCAAGGGUAAGAAGAAACGGUCCAGCAGCUCAUCGUCAUCUUCAAGUGAUUCAAGCAGCUCUAGUGAUUCUUCAGAAUCAUCAUCAUCAUCAUCAGAUACUAGUGAUUCCGAAGGUCCGAACCGGAAGAAAAAGCGUCGAUCGCAGUCAAACAACAAGCGGCAGCGGUCGUUGUCGCCACUCAGCAAGCGUAUGGCGAUGCUGGGCGACGCCGACUCUGCGUCGCGCACGCACAACUCGCAGUUCAACCACCCAUAUGGGUAUCAGCCUCCACCGCCGCCUAUUGAAGAGCCAGCUGCCGCCCCCGUUAGGUCGCAAGCAGAUAUCGAUUAUGAGUUGAAGGUUCGCAAGUUCCUUGAAAUGACCAAAGAGGAUUCAGAUUAUGAAGAGAAGGUGCGUAACUUCCUAGAAGAAACGGCACAAUAUAAGCGGAAUCGUAAGAUGCAAGAACUUGGACAGCAGCCUCAGCCCACUGCUGACCAUGAAAAGAAGAAAAAGAAAAAGAAGGACAAGAAAAAGAAGAAAGAGUCUAAGCGGAAACGUAAGGAACAAGAAAGAGAUGAGAAGAGAAAAGCAAAAUUAGCUCGCAUGUCGAAUAAUUCAGAUAAUUAUAGUUUACGGGAAUUAGAAAAUAUUGGUGAUAAGAAAUUGAGAGAUGCCAUUAGGAAAGAAUUAAAAGGAAAAUCUAAGCGAGAUCUAAGUUCAGAAGGAGAAUACGAUAGAAAACAUAGUGAUAAAAGUCGUAUUAUGGAUGACAUGCAUGGUUUGGAAGAACUGGAGUCGAAACUAAACGCUUACCAUACCAUGGUCGAAAAAGAAGUACUGGGGAAACGAGAUAGAUCCUCAAUAAGUCCCAUAGAGCAAGCACCACCACCACCCUUAGAAAAACCAAAAUGGAAAAUGACCAUGGGAGCAGUUAAAGAACCGGUCAAGAAGAAGGAAACACCAGUACAAAAGGGAUAUAAGGAGAGAUAUGCAUUUGAAGACAGUUCUGAUGAUUCUCAAGAACCACCAAAAGCGUCCCCCGGCGAUAAGAACGUGUCGGUGCGGCGCGCGAUGGCGAUGAAGGAGCCGCCGCCGCUGCCGAGCGCGCCGCCGCCCAAGAGCCGCGAGCCCGACCCGCCCGGCGUCGACACGCCGCACUCGGCGCACCACUCGCACCACCCGCCGAUGGUUCGCAAAGGCAACAUAGUAUUGGACAAAUUUGGUUCAUUCCGGCUAGCCAAGGAGGGUGAAACGCCCGUGUCGGUUGGCGAACAGCGGCCGGAGCAGUUUGUGACGCGAAUCAAACCACCUUCCCCCACGUCCCGCCGCCCGCGCUCCCCGCCAUCGCCUAGACGGCGUAGUGGAUCCAAUUCUUCAGAUGAUAGACGGUCCCCGAAACGAUCACGCAGCCGGUCGCGUCCGCGCAAGUACCGCUCGCGUUCCGGCUCGCGCUCCCGCUCUGGCUCGAGCGCAAGCGGCUCACUGGCGUCGCGCCGCCGCCGCUCCGGCUCACCGCGCUCGCGCUCGCGCUCCGACGCGAGCCGCUCCUAUUAUUCGAGGAGUCGAUCACGCUCCCGUUCUGGCUCUAGAGAGAGGUUCCGGCGUUUCAACCGGCGCGGCAACUGGCGCGGGCGCGGUGGGUACGAGCGCGGCACGUACUACCGGCCGCGCUUCAACGCGUACAACGGCGGCGGGCGCGGCCGCGGCCGCGGCGACUUCCGGCGCGACGACGGCCGCCGCUUCCAGCACGAGUGGCGCGACAACCGCUCACGUGGCGGUCGCCCCUUCCGCCCGAGGCGCGGAGGCGGCGGACGCGGUCGACCCUUCAGGGGUGGCUUCCGCGACUUCCGCGACCGUCGCGGCGGGCGCUACUCGCGCUCGCGCAGCCCAGACCGCACGCGCCGCUCGCGCUCCUACAGCCCCGAGCGGAGGGACAAGGACAGGGACAGCUACUCCCGCUACUCUGAACGGGGCAGCCACCGCAGCGAAGGCGAGUAUGAAGAAGAAAGAUACGUGGACAGAAAGGAGUAUGACGGAAAGUGGGCGGACGGCAAUGAGCCGGAAAGAAAUCACACUGAAGAACAACCUGAAGCACCUCCACCAAAAGAAUAGAUAUGUAACGGCGUAGAUAAUAUACUUAACAGUAUAUAUGGUCUGGUUAAACAAUUAGCUUAAAAAUGUAAUGAUUUAGAUGUUCUCUGUAUUUAGAACAUAAAUUGCUUUACUAAGCACAUUUGCCUUUAGAAUAGUAAGAUUCAUUUAGCCAUAUGUAAAUAUAAAAGGUAUUAUUAUACAAUUUUUACUGCUUGAAUAAUAUUGUAAUGAUUUUGUUUCAAGUUUGGCAUAAUUGAUUAUUCGCUUAAAAUAUUGCUAACAGAUAUUCGUUCAUUCCAUUCGAAAUUUUAAAUAUUGUGGUUUUCAAGCACAUGAUCUAAUAAAUACUAAAAAAGC